GGAAUAUGUCGAAGCACAUGAUUCAAUUCUCCAACCAAUCAAGGAGCCAUUGUCUCAAAGCUACAUCAAGGCUGCAACAUCUCACCAACCAGACAACAGAACUUUAUUAGAUUACAUGAGAGAGCAAAAAGAUAAUGAGAAGGAAGCUGUCGUGUUCAUUGGUUCUGAUGGAAACCGAAGUGAUGUCUUAACAUUCAAGGAUUGGGCAGAAUCUUCUCAAGACCUUGCUGUGUCUUUGUCUAUGCUUGGAUUGCGUCCUAAUGAUUUUAUGGGAAUCAUGGGACCUAAUUGCCGUGAGUUAGUGUGUUCAUUUGGUGCUGCCCUUAAUCUAUCCGCUGUUCCAGUCUUUCUAAGCUUCAACCUUGUUAGUGGUGAAGACCUGGUGAGACAUGUGAAGGAAUGUAACAUCAGAGCUAUAAUAGUUGACAUCAAUGAAGCCCCCAAAAAGGACAUUGUCUUGAAAGUGUUUGCCAAAGUUCUAAGAGGGGAAAUUGAUGAUGAGAUACCAUCAUUGAGACAUGUGAUAGUUGUUACAAAUGAUGAAGUACCCAAAGGUGCUAUUAAUUACAAAUCUCUGAUGGGAAGAAAGUCUGAAGAAGAUAAGCUCCAAAUUGCAGAUUAUACCAAAGGUGUGACAUCUGAAUCUCCACUCUGCGUCCUCCUUACAUCUGGAAGUACUGGAAAGCCAAAAUAUUGCAUUUUGCCACAAAGAGCAGCACAAGUUCAAAUUUAUGCAGGCUUACGGGUUGGAUUGGUUGAAGGUGAUCGGUGUUUCAAUGAUCGCCCAAUGUCAUGGGUUGGAGGUUUAGCUAACUUGCUGGCUACACUAAUCCAUAAGGUAACAACAGUAACAGUAAAUGCAAAUUAUGCAGCUGGUGAAGUCGAGAAGAUCCUGAGGAUAAUACAGGAUGAAAAACUAGCUUUGGCUGUCAUGUUACCAUACAUGAUGCGUGAUGUACUUCAAUUAGAUGAUGACAUAUACUCCAAGUAUAGACUUUCAACAUUGAAAACUGUUCCAACGGGAGGCCAAAGGAUUGACCCACAGAUGGUUGAAGAAUUCAAAAGCAAAACAGGAACAAAUGUAAUUGUACUAUAUGGAGCUACGGAAAUGAGUGCAGUCAUAUCAUGUCUGUUUCCUAAAGGAAACUUCACCAAGCAGCAUCAAACUGUAGGGUACCCUUUACCACAUGUGGAGAUUUGCAUUCAGUUAGAAGAUGGUUCGAUUCCCCCUGUGAACACUCUUGGUGAAAUAUGUGUUCGUGGUCUUCCCAUCUUCUCAAGAUACCUUAACAAUGAAGCCAGAACAAAUAAGGUGAUUGGCAGUGAUGGAUCGUACCAUACAGGUGAUAUUGGUACAAUAACACCCUAUGGGUAUAUCACGAUAGCUGGUCGAAAGAAUGAGUUCAUCAAGCGUGGUACUGUAAUUGUUCAACCCUCUUCAAUAGAGGAAGAGAUAAGGAAACACCCAGAUGUUCAGCAAGUGCAGGUGGUUGGGGUGCCCGAUCCUCGUCUAUAUGAAGAAGUAUGUGCAUGCAUCAUACCGCACAAUGGCAAGGCACUCACGAGAGAUAACAUGAAGCAAUGGUGUGCCUCUAUAUUUGGAGACAUUACUGCUGAUGGUAUAAGUAAUGCUCCAAGGUAUUACAUGAUCUUGGAUAAGUUCCCACUUACAUCAAAUGGAAAGAUUGACAGAAUCACACUUAAAGAAGAGGCAAAGAAAUAUUUGAAGCUAUAAAUGUUAAAGGGACAUUCCUGGCCAGAUAAUUUCUAUCCAGAUAUGAUAGCUAUAAUCAUAUAUAUACAUCUAGCAAAACACACGCAAAUUUUUUAAUAUAGUCAAUAUUGAUCAUUUAGAAAUGUUGUGCUUUUAAGCUGCCAGCUGAUUUCACUCAGGAAGUGAUGUAAUCGACUCUCAACUUUCAUAACCUUGCCUACAACAGUAUAGGAAUUUAGCACAAAAUCACUUCGAGACAAGUGGCCCUUACUUUAUGAACAAAAAUGUUUCCAAAGCUUGUCAGCUUAGAAUAAAAGAUGGGACUUUUAAAAGGAUUAAAUCAUGGACAAAAUUGAAAAAGGUUAUUCAACAGGUUUUGUUAUUCUAAAUAGCUCCUUACUAAUGCUAUAUGC